AUGCCCAUUCUUUUUGUUCAUCAGAGUAAAAAGUACAAGGAGGACUGGAUGAGUUGCCCCCACUCACAUAAUUUUCUGAAUCCGUCCCUGAGUGGGCUGCCUGAUGAAAUUCUUGUUUCUGUUGUGUCUCUUCUGGGAAUUAGAGAAGCGGCACGCACUUUUGUACUCUCAAAAAGAUGGAAACAUUUGUGGUCAUUUAACAGGGUUCUAAACUUUGAUGCUUUACAAACAAUUUUUGUUCUUGAAUUGAAUCCAAAGGAGCUGCUGGAAGUAGAAAGAUCUAAAUGGAUUGAGUUUGCAAUAGCAAAGUGUGUUCAAAGGCUUGAGGUGGACUUCCAACCAUGUAACCUUCUCGAAGAGGCUGCUGUGAAUUUAAAAGUGAUUGGUUCUUCACUUCGGCUGAAGUUUUUGGAGAUAUCCUUCUGUCCCAAUUUGUUGGGUCUUGAGGUUUGUGCUACUAGUCUUGUGUCAUUUAAAUAUUUUGGACUGAGCCAAAGUGUAAAUAUGCAAAUUAAGGAUGCAUUCCAGCUUGCUGAGCUGUCUAUUUCAAAUCACAUUGAUCCAAUAGACUCUGCUUUUUUCCCAUUUUCAAGCUACUUCUGGCAGCUUGAGACUCUUUCGUUGGGCCUGCAUUUGACUCAUUGGAAAAGGGGUAAUAGAGGAUUCAAACAACUUCCUGAAUUUACCAAGCUCAAGCACUUGACAUUGGAAGUUAUAGCAGAUGAAUCUACAAGCAUUCUCGGUUGGACUACCUUAAUAAAUGCAUCACCUUCGCUGCAUAAACUUAAAUUAAAGCCGGGGAAUGGUAGAAAUGGUGAUACUGAAUACGGUAGGAUCAUUUCUCCACACUGGCUACAAUGGUGGGCAAGGACAUGCACAUUUCUUAGUUCUGAGUUUGAUCAUCUCAUCGGAUUUGCACUAGGGGUAUUAGAGCUCGGUGAGAAUUUGCUUCGGUUUGAUAAAAUUUGA